UCGGCGGUGAGGUGAAGAUUCCUGUUAUUCCACCAACCACCUAAACAAAACUGCUGCCUUUCUCAUUCCCCCAAGUCUCUAAGGUCUGGGGAGCGCCUUGUUCUUCCCCAAAUCUUCUUCCAUAGCUGCAAAGGCGUCUCCUUAGUCUUAAUCUAACCAGAAAAGUGUCUGAAACGCUUUUCGGAUUGUGGUGAGGUAGUGAGACUGUUUGAUCUGGUGUUCCUAAUUAUCUGUGAGAAGAAUGCUGUUCAUCCAUCCAAUUCAUGAAGUUGUACUCACUGUGUGAAAUCUGCUUGAGCAAAAAAAUGGCAGUGGGUUAUAAGCAAGUUCUGCUGUUUUCUCUACUGUUCUUAUUGUUCUGUGGUCUUGCUAUAGCAGAGUUCGAACAUGGUAAUUCGCAAAAGAUUAUAUCUGCUCCAGAUAGAAAUGUAGGAAUGAAAGUUAUUGAUGGCUCUGGUACGGAGAAUGUGUUUGGUUUUGAGGAUGCUAAGUACUUGCUGCAUGAGAGAAAAGAAGGGAGCAGAGUAUCGGUAUCAACUGUUGCGGUAUUUACAUUGGCCAUGGCUGCUGCCACUGGUUUAGGGGCUGUUCCGUUCUUCUUUGUGGAACUUGAUCCACAAUGGGCUGGUUUAUGCAAUGGAAUGGCUUCUGGGGUGAUGUUGGCUGCUAGCUUUGAUCUUAUUCAAGAAGGGCAAGAACAUGGUGCCGGCAAUUGGGUUGUAAUUGGGAUUCUAGCUGGUGGAAUUUUUAUUUGGCUUUGUAAGAAGUUUCUUGAACAGUAUGGAGAAGUGAGUAUGUUAGAUAUAAAAGGUGCGGAUGCAACUAAAGUUGUUCUUGUAAUUGGGAUAAUGACUCUUCAUUCAUUUGGUGAGGGCUCUGGUGUUGGCGUUUCUUUUGCGGGGUCAAAGGGUUUCUCUCAAGGUCUUUUGGUGACUUUAGCUAUCGCCGUGCAUAACAUACCUGAGGGAUUAGCUGUGAGUAUGGUUCUUGCCUCAAGGGGCGUCUCACCACAGAAUGCCUUGUUAUGGAGUGUGAUUACGUCAUUACCUCAGCCUAUUGUAGCAGUUCCUUCGUUCAUAUGUGCUGAUGCAUUUAAUAAGUUCCUUCCCUUCUGUACGGGCUUCGCUGCUGGAUGUAUGAUAUGGAUGGUGAUUGCUGAAGUUCUCCCGGAUGCAUUUAAGGAAGCCUCACCAUCACAAGUUGCAUCUGCUGCCACACUUUCUGUGGCGUUCAUGGAAGCUCUAAGCACAUUGUUCCAAAGUUUCACCCAUGAAUACAACUCAGAAGAUGUUUCUGGCUUCUUCGUUUCCUUACUUUUUGGCGUCGGGCCACUGCUUGGUGGCCUUGUUCUUGUUGCAUUCACUCUUGCUUUCCAUCUUCAGCAUGCCCUACUCAUGGGUGCUGCUUCAGGAAUUGCUUUCAUCCUCGGUGCCUGGCGACCGUUGCAGCUACUCUUUUCUUCAAAAAUGGAUUUCAUCCCUCUUGUAACGCUUCUAAUGUUAGGCGCUUCGUUCAUCCACUUCUCAAGUUCCAGUCUGCUGAAGCUUGCGGGCCAGAAAAGAGCUUCGGUGAAUGAUUUCCCCGCUUCGACCAAUUUUUCAGUAAGUGUGCACACCCUUCAAUCUUUCCUAUCAUGUGGAGCAGUUGCAUUUCAUGCUUUAGCCGAAGGGCUUGCGCUAGGAGUCGCUGCCCCGAAAGCUUAUGGAUUUGGUCGUCACAUGGUUCUCCCUGUUUCUCUGCACGGCCUCCCCCGGGGUGUAGCAGUAGCUAGUUGUAUAUUUGGAGCAACUGAUAGCUUGCAUGGAUCUCUCAUGAGCGCAGCGCUCAUAGGAUUCGUGGGUCCAAUCUCUGCCAUUGGAGCAAUACUCGCAGGUAUCGACUACAGCGGGUUAGAUCAUGUGAUGGUGCUGGCUUGCGGAGGGUUACUUCCAAGCUUUGGAAGUGUAAUCAAGAGAGCAAUGCGGUUGGAUACACAGAAGAGUAGCAGUGGACUUGUGAUUGGUUUGGGGUUCUCUAUUUUGUGUUUGAUGUGCACCAAGUUGGUUUGUUUGCACACACCUUACUGCAAUUCUGCACCAGAGGCUGUUCGAUGACGAACACGUGUUCACCUUUGUAAUUAUUUCAACAUAGUUUGCAACAGAAUACACAUUUGAGAGUUGCAGGUAAAUUGAAAAGCUCCCACGUCAGUUCAAGCAAUACUCAUGGCUGUGCCUUUCACUCAAAUUUGCAAGGGAAGGGGCCAAUCACUGCAGGCACAUGUUUAAACUUGUUGUAUACAAUAGGUUCUGACUUAUCUUAUAAUGCCUUAAAAUUUUUGGUUGUAUUUUAUUAUCCGUGAAAGACUGAGAAGGAUUAGGCCCUUAUCUCAGUAAAAAACUAAGAUAUUGUAAAUCAAGACCACUUUUCUUUUCAAAGUGGGUUAUUAGCUCAUGGCAUACCUUA